AAUCAGGGGCCUCGUCAGGGUAGUCUGGCUGGUGGCCGCCAAGCAUUCUACAGACAGCAGCUUAUAGAAAUUCAGCAGAAACAAUCGGGUGCUGCGGCUGCCGCCGUAGCUGCUGCCGCCGCGGCUAGUGGGGCCAUAACAGCCUCCCCAAUAGGCAGUGGCUCCCAGAGUACCUUAAUUCCUUCUUCAUUUUCGGAUUGUGGGUUGGCUGUUUCUCUGGAGCCUUUGCAAUCUGUUGCUACCGUCACUUCUAACAGUUCCACCGGGCUUACCAAGUAUUUACCUCAGACGCCUACUCGUGAUACUACCUUUUUGUCUGGCAUGUGCACACCUCGUCCUGGCUCUCCCAUCAAUCAGCCUUUCUCUGGUUCCUGCCUUGAAGGACAGACAUCGUCGUCAACCUCAUCAUCUGUUAUUUCAUCAGUCAAUUUUCCUCGACCACAACCACCACCACCACCGCCAUUGCCUCCUCCUCUGCCAGCCGCCUUCUUCAUGGAUUCGCGGACCUUACCCUGGAAGCCAAAAGUUCGUACUCGUGAUCUCGAGUUAUUUUUGGAUACAACGCGCAUCAAGUUUCUUGGAUUUCGUGUAAUGCACGACACUACCUCCCUGGCUGGCCUCCCGGAGCCUAUUCAUGAAGCUGUUCGAGUUCUUCAAGCUCACUUAUACGAUUCUUUGGGUGAGGUGCAAAUCAAGCGAGAAAAUGACAUAGUUCGCUUUCCUUUCAUAAGAUUACAAUUUUGA